AUGUCCGCCAUCGCCGUCAAGAAAGGCCCCAUCCAACUAGCUGGACUUCUCUUCACGCCUACCACCUCCAGCGAUAAAACUCCCGCUCUCAUUGUCGUUCACCCAGGCGGUGGAGUUAAGGAGCAAACGGCCCAAGUAUAUGCGAAGAAAUUUGCUGCCGAUGGUUUUAAGGUAGUCUGCUACGACGCUUCUUACCAAGGCGAAAGCGGCGGCGAACCCCAUUUUCUCGAGGACCCAAAUGAACGUGUGAGCGACAUCUAUGCAGUGGUUGACUACCUGCAGAAUGAUAAAAGCGUCGAUGCGGGAAAGAUUGGAGUUGUUGGAAUCUGUGCCGGCGGUGGGUACGCCGUCGCCGCGACCAAGGCAGAUCACCGCCUGAAGGCGGUCGCCGCAAUCAGCAUGGUCAACAUCGGUGAUUCAGCGCGACUGGGCUGGUACGGUGAUGAAGAUUCGAAGAAGCAGGUCACGUCCUUGGACCAGGCUGCUGCUCAAAUCACAGCGGAGACUCAAGGGUCGGAGCGUGCGGCCGCGCCGUAUGUGCCUCCCCAACUGGACGAUAAGACACCAUAUGAUCUGAAAGAGGCGCAUGACUACUAUCUUGGACCAAGAGCGCAGCAUCCCCGCGCAGAGAACAAGAUGUUAUUCCUAAGCUUCCCUAGGGUGCUUACAUUCGACGCAUUCCAUCUCGCUGGAUUGUUCCUCACACAGCCAACUCUACUGGUUGCCGGUGAGAACGCUGGGUCCCUGUGGCAUACGGAGAAGCUCAGCAAGAUCCUGGACGGAAAAGCAAAGAAGGUCAUUCUCCCGAAGGGCACGCACAUGGACCUUUACGAUAAGGAGGAGUUUGUCAAACCUGCGGCGAAGAAUGUGGUCGAAUUUAUGCAAGCGAACUUGACGUGA